AUGAAUGCUGAAAUCAGAGACACCAGGAAGUUUUGCAAAUUCCACGAUGAACACGGACAUGAAAUUGACAAAUGUAGAGACCUCAAAGUAGAGAUAGAAAGAAUUAUCAACUCGGGCGAGCUCAGAAAGUAUAUCGCCACAAAAUCAAAAAGUAAUGACCAUGAAGAGAAAAUACAUCGGGAUGAUAAAGAGAAGGAAGCGGAUGAGGAGAGACCAUCCAAAAUUCUGGGGACAAUUCACAUGAUCAAUGGAGGGGUCCCUAGCAGCUCGAACAUCAAAAAUAAACAAAGGAAAGAAGUAAUGAACAUCAGGAAAACCCAUAUGCCUCUAGUUAUCUUCUAUGUCGAAGAUUACGAGCAUGUAAAAGCACCACAAAACGACGCACUAGUUGUAACUACUAUCAUCAAAAACUGGAAUAUGAAAAGAAUCCUCAUAGACGAAGGAAGCACGGUAAACCUCAUGACAAAUGCAACUUAUAAAAGCCUCGGAGGAACUGCUGUCAAACUGUGCCGAGUCCCAAUCCCAUUGUCAGGAUUAGGAAAGCCAUCCAUUAACCCUCUAAGCGCGGUAACCUUAGAAGUCAUAAUUGGCCCAGAAGGGGAAUAA